CGCACUUUGUGCUUGUAAACAGAAGCUCGCACGUGACAUCGAGAGCGGAGACUGCAUUGUCAGAAAAGACAAAGAGCCACAGUGUGCUCUCGAGUCUCGGCCAGGUGAGCGGCCAGGUGUUAUGGCAACCGAGGUUAUCUGUCGCUAUAUGACGCCGACUUUGUUCUUUUUGCCACACCGCGGUCUCGGGACGGGUUAUAUCGUUUAAACGUGAUGUUUUCAAUCACAGAACCGAGCGCGCGGAAGGUUAAGACCUUUGCUAGGCUCUCUGUCGCUCGUAGGCAGCUGGCGGCAUCCUUCUGAAGCUGUAAAGCCUUUGUUUUUGCUGUAAAUUUAGCUGACAGUUGCUUUAGCUGCUAUUAGCUGUGUUAAGCUAGUAGCAGCGUUUCUCCUCGACGUCAGAGCUUUAUCCGCUCCAUCCUCGACGUGUCUUUUUAUAUUUUGUUAUUUUUGUUCCAUUGGUUGCAUGAGAUGUCAUUCGCCAUGGAGGAUAACUUCGAGUCCGGAUGGGUGUCAGUUCGGCCCAAAGUGUUCGACGAAAAAGAGAGGCAUAAAUUUGUUUUCAUCGUGGCCUGGAACGACGUGGUGGGAAAGUUCGCCAUAACCUGCCACAACAGAACCGUGCAGAAACGGAGCACUUUCCUGGAGCUGGACUGUAGCCCCGCUGCGGAGCUUCCUGUCCCUGCUGCGGGGACACAGGGAGACAACCUGGUCACGGCGAAGGAUGAGACCUGCCAAGCGGGUACAGUUAAACCAAACUCUAGCCCGAAAGCAAAAAUCACUACUGGGGCCUGGAAGGCUUUGAAGGACGUAAACUUGAAUACUUUUGAGUGCGUUAGUCACGCAUUAGGGUCCUGGGAUGUAGUCACACCGAAAGGGAUGGACGUUGAGAUCCUGGACUCCAUGAAUGUCCCAUCCUCUCCUGAUGAUGCGGACUGUGAGACCAGCGGCCGGGAGGACUUCAGCUGGGCCGGGCUGUUCUCCUUCCAGGACCUGCGAGCGGUUCACCACCAGCUGUGCGCUGUCAACUCGGACUUGGAGCCGUGUUUACCCUCGUUCCCGGAGGAGCAGUCCGGCGUGUGGACGGUGCUGUUUGGCGUCUCCGGGGUCUCGCAGCGGGACAUGGACGCCCUGUGCUUCCAGCUGCAGGUGUACCUGGGUCAUGCUCUGGACACCUGUGGCUGGAAGAUCCUCUCCCAGGUGCUUUUCUCAGAGAGCGACGACACGGAGGAGUACUACGAGAGCCUGAGUGAGCUGAGGCAGAAGGGCUACGAGGAUGCACUGCAGGCGGCCAAAAGACGCAUGCAAGAGGCGUUGGACAAGCACAAAGCCAUUGACAGCAUGGUGGAGCUACUGCAGGUGUAUUCAGAAGAAGAUGAGGCUUAUGGAGACCUACUGGAGGCCAUCACCCAGCUUUACCACUACCUGCUUCAGCCCUUCAGAGACAUCAGGGAACUGGCAACUUUGCGACGACAGCAAAUUAAGAUCUGCCUGGAGACGGAGCGCCUGGGCCCUCGCCGCGUCGAGAGCCUGAGGAAAGAGGAUGAGGAGUGGCAGAGGAAGGCCCACUCUGCAGUGCUCUCCAUUCAAAACCUGACUGUCAAGUUCUUUGAAACCACGACUCGAGCCCAGAAGGCACUGUACGAGCGAAUGCGUGUGGACCAGAGGAAGUUCGGAAAGUCAUCCUGGGCGGCUGCAGUUGAACGCAUGGAGCGGCUGCAGCACGCUCUCUCCAAGGAAACGCUGCAGCUCAUGAGAGCCAAAGAAAUCUGCCUGGAAGAGAAGAAACACGGCUUGAAGGAGGAGAUGCAGAAUCUGCAGGGAGGAGAGGAUGCUAUGGCACGUCUGGACCAGUUGGAGGCGCUGUAUUAUGAGCUUCAGCUGCAGCUGUACGACAUUCAGGCCGAGGUGCUGCGCUGCGAGGAGCUGCUGCUGACCUCGCAGCUGCAGAGCCUGCGCCGUCAGAUGACAGAGCGACAGGAUGAGGUGGUGUACUACGAUGCCUUUGAGAGCCCCGAUGCCAUGAAGGAUAAAGAAGAGCCGGCGGUUCCACUGUGGCCCCUCAAAGAUGCAGAACUCUACCUCCUCCAGCAAAGGACGCGGCAACUCGAGGCCCGCCGAGGUCGCAUCACUGCCAAGAAAGUCUACCUCAAACACAAGAAGGAAAUCUGUAUUGUUAAUCACAACCAGAAGAUACAGCAGAGACAAGGAAGUAAUUCUGGCUGCAACUCUUUAAAGGCAGGGGGCGGAGCCGAGGAAGAUGAUGAGGCUCAGAGAAACGCCUCGGUGAUUCAGGAGAGGCAGAGGACUCUGGACAGACUUCGUAGCCUAAAGCAGCGGUAUCCAGGUCAGUUCACUCUGAGGUCCAGCCGGCAGCAUCUGACUCACACUCGCAGUCGGCAGCGAGCGGGCCAGCAGCCCAGCACCCAGGAAGUCAGCGUUCAGACCGACUCCGCCCCCGACCUCCCAGAACUCUCAGCUCCUCCCCCCGCUGACGGCGACAGCGUCUCCCUUCCCUCCGUUGACCUCCGAAGUCUAGAAGACACUUCGCCUUUCUUCUCUCUGCCUCCUCUCUUAUCGUCUCCGUCUGUUCUGUCACUGGAUCUGCCUCCUCCUCCUCCCCCUCCUCCUCCCCCACCACCACCUCCUCCUCCAUCACUUCCUCCCACAGAAAACCCCCCAGCCAGCCCUGUGCGGGAGCUUAAGCAUGAGUCUGAAUCCUCCUCGCUGCCACUGGCUCCUUUCUCCCCUCGCUAUUUUGACAGCAGCCAGCUGCUGUCAGCGAGGACGAAGCUGAGAAAGACAGCAUCUCUGGACUCAUCUCAGUGGAGGAGAGUGAGCUCACCCAUGGACGAGGUGUUAGCCUCUCUGAAACGCGGAAGUUUCCACUUGAGGAAGGCGGAGUUGCGGGUCCUGGGCCCCGACCCGGACGACGACAGCAACAAUAUCCUGGCUCAAAUUCGACAGGGUGUCCGUCUGAAAAAAGUCCGUACCCGACCGGAACAACAACGCCACCCAAAGAGCUUCCCGCACUCGGCCGACGCCCUUACCCGCAGCAUCCACGAGGCCCUGAGGAGGAUCAAAGAGGCGUCUCCGGAGUCUGAGUCAGAGGACGAAGGCCUUCCCUGCACCGACUGGGAAAACUAAAGUUUGAAAAGGUUUCAAACAUCAAAACUUGACUUUUUUUUUAUUCCAUGCAGCCAAAUCAGUCGAGCCCAACCCGAGUCGAGCAGACAAGCUGGGGUCACUCGAGGACGCCUUGGUGCAAUUCAGACAAGAAGAAAAAAACAUUUUUAUACCAGCAGACAUUUGUUAUUUGUAAAGAAGGGUCAUUCUUCCUGUUGUUUUUUACAUGUUGAAGCUCUCAUCGAGGGCACAGCCUCUAACCUCCUGUUAGUCGUACUGUAGCUCGCUGCGAUGGCUUUGCUUUAAGCACCCGGUUUCUCGACUGCACAGCAGCCAUUUUAUAGCAGAGUUCUGCAGAAACGUCAUCAGUCCGCGCCUCUGCUUCUGCUCUCACAGAUGCUGUUAAUCCCAGCUCAGUGUUUAAAGAACGCCUCCGAUCCACUCGUUAGGGGUCGCUCGAGUCGGUGAUCAGAUGAUUUUACUGCCGUUUGAGAUUCAAGAGAAACUUUAUCAUGAUUUAAAUAUCAGGUUUGAGUCAAAAUAAACAGAUAACAGUUCAGAGGAACGUAAGCACUUUUAACAUAAAUGAGUAAUGGAUGUGCUGAAAAUGUAAACAAAAAGCAGAUUAUUUACCGUAAAAUUCAUUUUUAACUUUCUGGAGCCUUUUAGCAGGAUAUGAAGCAGGCUUUACUGCCCUCUGCUGGCCGCCAUCAGGAUCACCACAACAUCAGCAUAAUUUGUGAUGUUUGUUUAUUUUAGGGAACCUCUAUAUUUAGUGUGUGUGUGUGUGUGUGUGUUUAGGUUAAUCACUAACUUCAUUCUCUUUUCAUGUCUGCUGUUUUACAGAUUUUUUUCCCUUGCAUGCGUUACUCACUUUGUGUUGGAUUUUGGUGCGUGUGAUUGUGUUUUUAUUUUAACUUUUGGUUUUCAAAUGCACUUUUGACUCCAAAAUCAACAUAUUUCUAGUUUACCACUAUGCAUUUAGUGCUUUAGCUUGUUUUUCUUCCCUGCUGAUUGUUUAGUGGGAGAUUCAGUAGCUUUCUGUUAGCAUAGCUUAGCAUAAAGUCAGGCAAUGGAUCCAACCAAAAGAUACACAUCAAAGGAAAUGAAAAGUUUGUCGGUGAUAUUCGUGAUGACGAGAUAUUCUAGAAUGUUUUCUCUGAUUACUCGCGGAUUGAUUGUUGUAACUUUAGAACGGCGGAAGAAUCAGAAAAUAAAUUUCUAAAGUCAAAUUCUAAAAAAGCAAUUUUGGGGGAAAAAAAGCUAAAAAUGUUGUUUAAAAUCUGCAACCAAGAGGGAUCAUUUCUUUGGGGUAACGGAAUUGUUUACAUCUCAAACAGCUGCUUUCUAGGUCACGUUUCCCUCUCUGCGCUAAGCUAACCGUAGCUAAGUGUCAUCGUGAACGACUGACGUGGAGUUCUUCCUCAGCUCUGUGUAAGCGGCCCACAGUAGAAACAAUUAGCCUUUUUUCAUCGUUUAAAUGUCUUUUUUGUGCUUCAGAUUGUUUUCAUGACUUCUCUGACUCGUUACCAGUUACACAUGUGACCAGUCUAAGGACAAAGCCAUCACAACGUAUGUGCAAUAAUGAAGAUGGAGGUUAAUGAAAGUUACUGUAAUGAAAUGUAAAUCAUGGAAAAAGUAUCCACAUGCCUAAAUGUAUUGAAGUAUUUAUUGAAGCUUCACAUUUUAAAUGAUUUUUUAACGUAUAAAUGUACUUUAUGAUGUUUUCAUUACAUUCCUGUCUGCUUUUCA